GGUAAAUGUGUAGAGAGAGCCACAGAGCGAGGGAGAGAGGGAGAUCCAGACGUUUCUGAGAAGAGGGAUGACCUCUGCCAGUAAGGAAGUGGUUUCUACCUGACUGCUUUCCCUGCUCUGUCUUUGCUGAAUGAAACCGAGGACGCCUGGGAGGGCAGAUUGUUGCUACGGUGGGGUACCAGCCAGAUUUUCCCCUUAGCGCAAGCUAGUGUUGUCUGGUGUUGUCUGUUGCUGCUGCUGCUGCUGCCACGGCUGGCUCUCUCGUCAUUCCUGCUGCUGUUUCAUACAGCAGGUGUUAAAAAAUGAGCCAGGCAAGGAUUUAAGACAUCACCAGAUAAGCGACUGGGCACUCAGAAUCUGAAAUCUACCCGAGCCAUACCUAUCAGUUACCAGUUGCAUUAAAUGACUUGGGGAGUUUGACUACACUUCUGAGAUCUUGGAUGAUUUAGAAUCACAUUUUCAGGCAGCCCCAAAUCCCAGGGCGGCAGCAGCGGCGGCAGCAGCCGAAGACGACUCAGCAGGCAGCCCUACCUGGAGAGCGCGGAUUGAAACUUCGCUGGCCGCCGCUUCGGAGCGCCCCCCUCCCGCCGCCAGCCCCCCCGGCCGCCCCCCAGCUGCCCCGCCGGCUUAGCAGACCACAGAGAGGCCCGUGCUGUCCAGGUCCCUUUAGAUGGAAUUUAAUGCAGCAGAGCCCUUGUCGUCAGAAGGAUUAAUGUCUGUAUUAGCAUUUUGGCAAUAAAAAAACCCCUGAAGCUAAGUGGUGGCAGCCCACGGACAGCCUUAAACCUGGAUUCUUCCGCCCGGCCCUCAGCGUUGGAGUUUUUAAUUACCUGCUGUGGGGAAACCGUUGCCAAUGCUUACACGGAACUGCUUGUCCCUGCUUCUCUGGGUCCUAUUCGAUGGAGGUCUCUUAACACCGCUUCAUUCACAACUACGACGGACUUUAGAAACAGAGUCGAGGGGAAAUGUUGUCACAGCAGCAGAGAGGAAGACUCCCGCUGUGCGGGUCAAACGCGGCUGGGUCUGGAAUCAGUUCUUUGUGCUGGAAGAAUACAUGGGCUCCGAACCCCAGUAUGUGGGAAAGCUUCAUUCUGACUUGGACAAGGGCGUGGGAAGCGUCAAGUACACAUUGUUGGGAGAUGGAGCUGGUACAGUGUUUACCAUCGAUGAGACGACAGGAGACAUUCAUGCCAUAAGGAGCCUUGAUCGCGAGGAGAAGCCUUUCUACACCCUUCGUGCUCAAGCCGUGGACGUCGAUACGAGGAAGCCGCUGGAGCCUGAAUCGGAGUUUAUCAUCAAAGUGCAGGACAUUAAUGAUAACGAGCCAAAAUUCCUUGAUGGGCCUUACGUUGCCAGCGUCCCUGAAAUGUCUCCAGUAGGGGCUUAUGUGCUGCAGGUCAAAGCAACAGAUGCUGAUGACCCAACAUAUGGAAACAGCGCCCGUGUGGUUUACAGUAUUCUUCAGGGACAGCCAUAUUUCUCCAUUGAUCCCAAGACAGGUGUUAUAAGAACAGCCUUGCCAAACAUGGACAGAGAAGUCAAAGAACAAUAUCAGGUCCUCAUUCAGGCCAAGGACAUGGGAGGGCAGCUCGGAGGGCUCGCUGGAACAACAACUGUGAACAUCACCCUCACCGAUGUCAACGACAACCCACCAAGAUUUCCCAAGAGUAUCUUCCAUUUGAAAGUACCUGAAUCAUCCCUUGUUGGUUCAGCCAUUGGAAGAAUCAGAGCAGUGGAUCCCGACUCUGGGAAAAAUGCAGAAAUUGAGUAUACGAUUGUUCCCGGAGAUGGAGGGAACCUGUUUGACAUCAGCACAGAUGAGAACACACAAGAAGGUGUAAUCAAGUUGAAAAAGCCAUUAGACUUUGAAACAAAAAAGGCAUAUACUUUUAAAGUCGAGGCGUCCAAUGUUCACCUUGACCACCGCUUUCAUUCGGUGGGCCCAUUCAAAGACACUGCGACUGUGAAGAUUAAUGUACUGGAUGUAGACGAACCCCCAGUUUUCAGCAAACCUUUUUACACCAUGGAGGUUUAUGAAGAUACUCCGGUUGGGACCAUUAUAGGAGCUGUAACAGCCCAAGACCUUGACGUCACCAACAGUGCAGUCAGGUACUUCAUAGACGGGAAGAGUGAUGUAGACAACUUCUUUACGAUAGAUGGAACAGAAGGUACUAUUGCCACAAAUGAAUUGCUGGACAGAGAGAACACUGCACAGUACAAUUUUUCAAUUCUCGCAAGCAAAAUUAGCAGCCCACUGUUAACCAGCAAGGUCAACGUCAUCGUAAGUGUCCUAGAUGUCAACGAAUUCCCUCCUGAAAUUGCAGUGCCCUACGAGAGUUAUGUGUGUGAAAAUGCGAAGCCUGGACAGGUCAUUCAGAUUGUCGGUGCUGUGGACAAGGAUUUGUCACCCGCUGGGCAAAGAUUCUCCUUUCGAUUGUCACCUGAAGUUUCUACCAAGCCAAAUUUCACAGUCCACGAUUACAGAAACAACUCAGCUGGCAUUGUUGCCAGGAGAAGCGGCUACAGCCGGAGGCAGCAGGAACUGUAUUUCCUCCCGGUUGUGAUAGAAGAUAGCAGUUAUCCCAUUCAGAGCAGUACCAACACCAUGACGAUCCGGGUCUGCAGAUGUGAUUCUGAUGGCACCAUCCUCUCUUGCAAUGUUGAAGCCAUCUUCCUGCCAGUGGGACUCAGCACGGGAGCCUUGAUUGCCAUAUUACUGUGCAUCAUCAUACUUUUAGUCAUCGUUGUUCUGUAUGUAGCGCUGAGACGGCAGAAGAAAAAGGACACUCUCAUGACCUCAAAGGAAGACAUCCGAGACAACGUCAUCCAUUAUGAUGAUGAAGGAGGUGGAGAGGAGGACACGCAAGCUUUUGACAUUGGAGCUCUGAGAAAUCCCAAAGCGGUCGAGGAUAACAAAGCGCGUAGGGACAUAAAACCGGACGCCCUCCGCUUACCUCGUUCAAAGCCACCAACAGAAGACAACACAAACAUCAGAGAUUUCAUAAAUCAGCGAUUGCGAGAGAACGAUGCGGAUCCUUCGGCUCCGCCUUAUGACUCACUAGCAACAUAUGCUUAUGAAGGGAACGGAUCUGUGGCUGAAUCUCUCAGCUCUAUAGAUUCUCCUGCAACAGAAGCAGACCAAGAUUAUGAUUAUCUGAGUGACUGGGGACCACGUUUUAAAGUCCUAGCAGAGAUGUUUGGCGAAGAAGAAAGCGAUAAACCUGAUAAAGUCACUUAGCUCAGGCAGGAGGGAAGGAAAAAUGAAGUGAAUCUACAGCAAAUUUAAAAAUAAACAAGUUUUAUAGGACAAGAUUUCUUUGAUUAUAUGAGAUAGCAGCUGUUUCCAGCGAGUUCCUAUAUUUAUCAUAGCAUCCAUUUUGGUUUACCUAUUUGUUGGGGGAAAGGAUCGUCCUUGACUUUCUUGGUUGAUCUCUUCUGACUGUUACUUUUGAGUCACUCUGAGACAAUCUCAGGCCUAGUAGCGACAAUUUAUCAAUACAACAACGUAGAAAGAAAAGAAAGCUUUCUGGCAUCACGGUGGAAGAGUGGUAGGUUUUUUCUUAAUUCCACUAAAGUGCCUAUUGAAACUCUUACCAUUUAAAGUGGAAAUGACUGCUCUAACAGAGCUAAGGGGAACAGACAUAAAGGAAAGGACAUUAACUUUAUGUCAAGGAACAAUAGCAAAAUUAAAGCAAAACUAGAGAAUAAUGGCUGGAAUCUCUGCCCAGAGACUACGAUUCGGUGGGGACUGUGUUCUUUUGAGUUCUGUGGGGGUUUUUUGGUUGUUGUUUUUUUAAACCAAGAAUAUAAAAUGUCUGCCAGGUUUCACAUUUCUUAUGCCUACACGUCACAUGAGUAAAAAAAAGUUAAAAGCUGUUAUUCCAGUUCAAGUUGUAAAGCCCACAGUCUUAAACUGAAAUCAGUGAAUAUUUAAAAUGUUCAUCAAAAUAUUACACUUUUUCAAGAAUUAAAAAAAAUGAGAUGUGACAGUAGUAGAAAUUUCUUAUUGUGAUGAUAUGCAAGUUAUAUACUGUUCUCCAGACACAGAAUGGGACAGGAAGCAUAAAGGAGCAAGAAAUCUGGUCCCGACGCACUUCCUGUUGGGGGUGUGCCAAGAGAGGAGGUGCGUCAAGGCAAGAUUUCUUGUCCCAAUGUGUUAACUCUUACCCCAUGUGUGCUUCUCACCUUCUCCGUGGAAAGUGAGAGCACUUCUGGUGUGACUUCUUGCACCACAGUGGGGCAAGGCUGGGGGACACUGGCAGUGGGUAAUCGGCCAAUAAAGUGUUUUAAGGUUUUGGUCAAA